AUGUUACAAACACCUUCUAGGGCGUCGACGGCCUCGUCUUCUUCCUUCCAACCGAUAUCGCGUCAAAAUACCAUGUCUUCCUACGAGGGCUCGCGCUCGGCGCGACAGUCUAAGCGAAUGUCCAUGUCAGCCCUGUACCUAUCUAUGUCGGCAAACGAAUCGGAUCUAGAAAUUGAAGACGAUCUCGCAAAAGCACAGAAAAUACUGCGCGAGUUGAAAUCUAAAAUCUCUUCGCAGUCGAAGAAGAACUUCGUCCUUGAAAAGGAUGUUCGGUAUCUCGAUUCUCGAAUUGCUUUGCUUAUUCAAAACCGAAUGGCGUUAGAAGAGGCCAGUCAUCUCGAAGACGCGACCGACUUACAGGAGGGCGCCUUUCCUAACGACGACAAAACGCAGAAAUAUGGUAACCUUAUGUUCUUGUUACAAUCUGAGCCUAGGCAUAUUGCACAUCUCUGUAGAUUGGUUUCUAUGUCCGAGAUCGACUCGUUGCUGCAGACAGUUAUGUUUACGAUAUAUGGAAACCAGUAUGAAAGUCGAGAAGAACAUCUCCUCUUGACUAUGUUUCAAUCUGUCCUUACCUAUCAAUUCGAUACGACUCCCGAAUAUUCGUCUCUUCUCCGAGCCAACACGCCGGUUUCUCGUAUGAUGACCACCUACACUAGGCGUGGGCCGGGGCAGAGCUUCUUGCGAUCGGUACUAGCAGAGAGAAUUAACGGCCUGAUCGAGUUGACAGACCUAGAUCUUGAGAUCAAUCCUUUGAAAGUCUACGAACGCAUGUGUCAACAGAUCGAGGAGGAUACUGGUAGCCUUCCGCCAUCGCUUCCUAGGGGUAUCACUGGCGAACAAGCAGCCGAAAAUCCUCAAGUGCAGAAAAUCAUAGAACCGCGUUUAACAAUGUUGACGGAAAUCGCCAACGGUUUUCUACAGACAAUCAUUGAUGGGCUUGAUGAAGCUCCCUAUGGGAUCCGAUGGAUAUGUAAACAGAUUCGAAGUUUGACCAAGCGGAAGUAUCCCGAUGCGAACGAUCAGGUUAUCUGCACGUUGAUCGGCGGUUUUUUCUUCCUGCGUUUUAUCAAUCCUGCCAUCGUCACACCGAAAUCAUACAUGCUCAUCGAUGGGGUGCCGUCUGAUCGACCACGCCGAACUCUCACAUUGGUCGCUAAGAUGCUACAGAACCUGGCUAAUAAGCCCUCGUAUGCAAAGGAACCAUACAUGGCCAAGUUGCAGCCGUUCAUCCAACAGAACAAGGACCGUGUCAACAAGUUCAUGUUGGAUCUUUGUGAAGUCCAAGAUUUUUAUGAGAGUCUCGAGAUGGAUAAUUACGUAGCGCUGUCAAAGAAGGACCUUGAGCUCUCUAUUACUCUAAACGAGAUAUACGCCAUGCAUGGCUUGAUCGAAAAACACUGCGGGGAACUCUGUAAGGACGAAAACUCACACUUGGCUCAGAUUAUAUCGGAAUUAGGCCACGCACCCGCACAGGUACCUCGAAAGGAGAAUAGGGCUAUCAACCUUCCCCUGUUUAGCCGAUGGGAGACAGCCAUAGAUGAUCUGACCGCCGCCCUAGAUAUCACGCAGGAGGAAGUCUACUUUAUGGAAGCGAAGUCCAUCUUCGUACAAGUAAUGCGCUCUAUCCCUGCUACCAGCUCAGUUGCUCGACGACCUCUGCGUCUCGAGAGGAUUGCGGAUGCGGCGGCUACGUCAAGAAACGACGCGGUCAUGGUUCGGAAAGGUAUCCGUGCCAUGGAACUACUUAGUCAACUUCAGGAGAUGAAGGUUAUUGAUAAGUCUGACCAUUUUGGCUUAUUGAGGGAUGAGGUCGAACAGGAAUUACAGCACUUAGGCUCUUUGAAAGACGGUGUAAUUGCCGAGACAGCCAAGCUCGAAGAAGUAUACAAGACCAUCAGAGAUCACAACGCGUACCUGGUCGGCCAACUUGAGACAUACAAGAGUUAUCUUCACAACGUACGAAGUCAAUCCGAAGGCACGAGACGAAAGCAGCAGAAGCAGCAAGUUCUCGGACCAUACAAAUUUACUCACCAGCAGCUAGAAAAGGAAGGUGUCAUCCAGAAGAGCAAUGUUCCCGACAAUAGGAGAGCUAACAUCUACUUCAAUUUCACAAGUCCUUUACCGGGGACCUUUGUUAUUUCGCUACAUUAUAAAGGGCGCAACCGUGGUCUAUUAGAACUUGACCUGAAGCUUGACGACCUGUUAGAAAUGCAGAAGGACAACCAAGACGACUUGGAUCUGGAAUAUGUGCAAUUCAACGUCACGAAGGUAUUAGCCUUGCUAAAUAAGCGCUUUGCCAGGAAGAAAGGCUGGUGA